AUGAGCCUUGAGACUUCAUUUCCAUCUCUUUUCAUUGUUAUCUUGCACUCUUAUCUUUGUUUUCUUUUUUUUUUUUUAGUUAGAUGGACCUUGUUGACAGACAUUCAAUCUCACGUGGACCCACCGAUAAGCUUAUCACUUAUCACCAUUUUUUUCCCAUUGCCAACUUCUCUCCUACCAUCACCACCACCAACAACCAAACCACAAACCCCGAAAAUGACCCAACCACCACCCCCAAAACAACACAUCGCCCAAACCCUCCUCACGCGCGCCCACCCUCCAGAAACAGCAGAAACCCUCUUCACCGAACGCAUCAAACAAAAACCCCUCUACCUCCGCCCAACCUCCCCAACCGCCUCCGACAACCGCACCCGCAGACGACACCACCGCCUCCGCAAAAAAGAAUACUUCCUACGCAAGCAGCGCCCAAAGCCACUCUCCGCGAAGGAGAAGCGCGCAUCUGGAAUCUACGAGCUAGGCGAGGACGAGGCUAAGUAUGAGGUCUUCCGAGGUUUGAAUGCGCUUUGGGUGCGCUAUAUGCAGGAGGUGCUUGAUUUGAGGAGUGACGGGAGUACGGGAACGGGGGGAGGGAUGGUCACGGCGCUGUCGCAUGGGAGUAAGCUUGUGAGUGCUGAUUUUCAUGGGGCGGAGAUUGAGGUUGUGAGGAGUGGGUGUGCGGGGAGGGUUGGGAUGAGGGGGAUUGUGGUGAGGGAUACGAAGUUUACGUUUGUGGUUGUUACGGAAAAGGAUGAGGUUAAGAGUAAGUUUUUUCUCUUCCUUUUGCGCUGGUUUGGUUGUGGGGUGGGAGUGGUGCUGAUGGUUGCUACUAGCUAUUCCGAAGGAACAAACGAUUAUUCGCUUUCGCGUGCCGUUACCGAAGCGAGCGACAGAUGCAGACGCAGAUGCGGAUACAGAGAUGAAGGAGGAUGA